GUAAAAAACUUAAUACUAAACUCUCAUAGUCAAAGUUCAGAAUGACCUGCUGCACUACAAGUUACUAAAAAACCGGAGCAUAUCUCUGACCAUCAACUCCUCCAUUAACAAACAAAUCCUUUAUCCCUCUUUCUUGAUUACCAAUCUUUCUUCAUGAAGCAUUGAGAUCAGUUGGUGACUGUUUCUAAAAAAGGGAAAGAAGAUGGAUUCAACCUUUUCUGGUGCUAACGAUUUCACAAAUGGAUACCAGUUUUCUGAAGAAGGGAACAUAUUUGUCAUGGAUCCAAAUCCAUAUGCAGCAUACUGGGAUGUGUUUCAUCAACAUGGGAACCUCUUAGAUGUAGACCCUCUUGGUUUUGCAACAAAUACGAGCUCUGUAGAAGGUUCUAUGACAUCCAUGUCCAUGAACUCGGUGACAGAUCCUUCUCUGGAAGACACUGACUUCUCAGAAACCACUAAGUUCAUAAGCCAAAUCCUGAUGGAAGAGAACCUUGAACAGGGACCCUUUUAUGACUCCUUGAGCCUGCAACUCACAGAGAAAUCAUUUCAUGAUGCUCUCAUAGACAACAACAACAACAACUCAUCUCUUUCCCCCAAUCAACAUCCCUUACAUGUUCAAAGCCUUAACGGUGAAACCAAUAGCAGCAACAGAAACAAUUUUUUACCCUACAAUUCUUGUGAGUUGAAUCCCCCUUCCCUAGAUACCCCUGUUGCUGUUAUUGUUGAUCAUGCUUUUCAGCUUAACUCUCAUGGACUGCAAGAUUUGGAUUCUUCCGUUACCAAACCGUUGGCACAAAAUAUUUUCAGUGAUGCGGAUUCUGAAUCCCAAUUCAGGAGAGGGUUAGAGGAAGCUACCGAGUUUCUUCUUCCUCAGGAACCCCAGAUUGUGACUGGUGUAGAGUCAUAUGGUGAAUCAUCUACUAUGGUUCACGAGAAUUCUUCUGGGUUAAAGGGUAGUAGAAAGAAUCGUAAUCGUGAAGAAAGUGAUUCAAAGGAAGAAGAGAGAAGCAACAAGCAAUCUGCAGUUGGUGUUUUUGAUGAGGAUGACUUAUCUGAUAUGUUUGAUCGUGUGCUGGUUAAUAUGUUCCAAUUGCCACUUGGUAAUGAAUACAAUUCCCUACAGAGUGGCGCAGCGAAAGAGACGCAGCAAGGUGAAAAACCACCUUCAUCUGAUGAAUGGAAGGCUCAACCAAAGAAACAAGGCAGGAAGAAGGAAACGGUGGAUUUGAGGGCUCUCCUGCUUCUGUGUGCACAAGCUAUUCAUGCCAAUGAUAACAGGGCUGCUAAUGAUUUUCUAAAGCAGAUAAGACAGCACUCUUCUCCCUUUGGGGAUGCAUCCCAAAGAUUGGCUCAUUACUUUGCCAAUGGCCUUGAGGCACGCUUUGUUGGGCAUUGUGCCGCUGACGCUCCUACCAUCAAGACGACCUUUGGUGCUGAUUUUUUCAAAGGUUACAUAGUUUAUCUAGCUGCUAACCCAUUCAGAAAGUUUGCACAUUUCUAUGUUAACAAAAUGAUUAAGAAAGCAGCUGCAAAAGCUGAAACCCUUCAUAUUAUUGAUUUUGGUAUCUUCUAUGGCUUCCAGUGGCCAUUACUCAUCAAGUUUUUAUCAGAGAGAGAGGGUGGACCUCCCAAACUGAGGAUCACAGGGAUAGAAUACCCUUUACCUGGCUUUCGUCCCACUGAAAGACUUGAGCAAACUGGUCACCAUCUGGCCAACUAUUGCAAGCGUUUCAAUGUUCCUUUUGAGUACAACGUCAUAGCAUCAAAGAACUGGGAAACCAUUCGAGUUGAAGACCUAAAAAUUAGGAGCAACGAGUUUGUUGCCCUGAACUGUAUGAUGAGGUUCAAGAAUUUACUGGAUGAGACUAUUGAAAUGAACAGUCCUAGAGAUGCUGUUCUGCAUUUGAUCAGGAGGAUAAAUCCGGAUAUUUUUGCUCAGUCCAUCAUAAAUGGAUCUUUCAAUUCCCCUUUCUUUGUCACACGGUUUAGGGAAGCCUUGUUCUAUUUUUCUGCUAUUUAUGAUAUUUUUGAUAGUGUCAUACCCCAGGAAAACCAAUGGAGGGUGAUGAUUGAGAGGGAGAUGGUGGGUCGGACUGCGAUGAAUGUGAUAGCAUGUGAAGGUUUGGCGAGGGUUGAGAGGCCUGAGACAUAUAAACAGUGGCAGGUUAGGAACACAAGGGCUGGUUUCAAGCAGCUUCCUCUGAACCAGAAGUUAACGGCCAAAUUUAGGACAAAGUUAAGGAAAUGGAACCAUGAUGAUUUUCUCAUUGAUGAAGACAACAAUUGGAUGCUUCAAAGUUGGAAAGGACGCAUUUUGUCUGGUUCUACUAUUUGGGUGCCUGCAUAAUGAACUUACAACACUUGAAUGUAAGGUAUAAUUGUAAGAAUCCGUCCUAGGUUUUUUCUCUGUCCAUUUUUAUACUUCCUUCUUUUCUCUUGUUUAUGUUUUUUGAGUUGUGGUCCUACCAAUACCUGGUUACUUGAGAUUAUUCUGCUUGUAUCCAGCAAUGAGGAAGCUUAUAUGGUUACUUAUA